UGGUUGGUUGCGGGUACGUUUCUCAUGUUUUUUUGGAUGUAUAUAUGGAGCAGAUAAAGCACGCAAACGUUGACGGUGCACUCAAUGGCGAGUCUGAGGAAGUGUUGGCUGCUCUCUCGCCCUUACUCUUCUGCUUCUGCUUCUGCUUCUGCUGCUUUGCACUCUAGAGGUGGUGGCAAUAUUUCUAGUCUGAGCAGAGGAAUAAGUAAAUAUAGCACUGCUUCUGCUAUUGAGGAACCAGUCAGUCCACCUGUUCAAGUAAAUUAUACCCAGCUUUUGAUUAAUGGACAAUUUUCCAACGCUGCAUCAGGAAAAACUUUCCCGACGUUGGAUCCCAGGACAGGGGAUGUGAUUGCUCAUGUUGCUGAAGGUGAUACUGAAGAUGUAAAUCGAGCAGUUGCUGCUGCUCGCAAGGCAUUUGAUGAAGGACCAUGGCCAAAGAUGCCUGCAUAUGAAAGACAAAGGAUACUUUUGCGCUUUGCUGAUUUGAUAGAAAAGCACAAUGAUGAGCUUGCAGCCCUUGAGACUUGGGACAAUGGCAAGCCAUAUGAACAGGCUGCUAAAAUUGAAGUCCCAAUGUUGGCACGUCUAAUGCGAUACUAUGCUGGUUGGGCGGAUAAGAUUCAUGGUCUAAUAGUCCCAGCUGAUGGCCCAUACCAUGUGCAAACCUUGCAUGAACCUAUUGGUGUUGUAGGUCAGAUUAUUCCAUGGAAUUUUCCACUUCUCAUGUAUGGUUGGAAGGUCGGGCCAGCAUUAGCAUGUGGCAACACUAUCAUUCUGAAAACUGCAGAGCAGACACCAUUGUCUGCUCUCCUUGCAUCAAAUCUCUUGCAUGAGGCUGGACUUCCUCCUGGUGUUCUAAAUGUGAUUUCUGGUUUUGGUCCAACUGCUGGUGCAGCUCUUUCUAGUCAUAUGGAUGUGGAUAAGCUUGCUUUCACUGGAUCAACAAGUACAGGAAAAGUUGUCCUUCAAAUGGCCGCAAAAAGCAAUCUUAAGCCAGUAACUUUGGAACUUGGAGGGAAAUCUCCAUUUAUUAUAUGUGAGGAUGCUGAUGUAGACAAGGGUGUUGAGCUUGCCCACUCUGCUUUGUUCUUUAAUCAGGGACAAUGUUGCUGUGCUGGCUCUCGUACAUUUGUUCAUGAGCGUGUAUAUGAUGAGUUUGUAGAGAAAUCAAAGGCACUUGCUCUGAAACGUGCUGUUGGUGACCCAUUCAAGGUGGGCACUCAACAAGGUCCUCAGAUUGAUACGGAACAAUUUGAGAAGAUCCUGGGGUACAUAAGAUCUGGUGUAGAAGACGGAGCUACCCUAGAGGCUGGGGGUGGGAGACUUGGCAACAAGGGCUACUAUAUUAAGCCAACAGUAUUCUCGAAUGUUAAAGAUGACAUGUUGAUAGCAAGGGAAGAGAUAUUUGGCCCCGUGCAGAGCAUAUUGAAAUACAAGGACCUUGACGACGUGAUACAUAGAGCAAAUUCCACACCCUAUGGGCUUGCUGCUGGGGUGUUCACACAGGACAUAGACACUGCCAACACUUUGACGCGGGCAUUACGUGCUGGGACUGUGUGGGUGAACUGCUUUGAUACAUUCGAUGCUGCAAUUCCCUUUGGUGGGUACAAAAUGAGUGGGCACGGCAGAGAAAAGGGAAUCUACGGUCUUUCCAAUUACUUGCAAGUGAAAGCUGUUGUCACUCCAUUGAAGAACCCAGCAUGGCUCUGAAUCCAUGAUUAUGUUUUCUUUUUUAUGGACUUUUCAAAAAUAAAGAGAACCAAGGCCUCAAAGUUGGAGGGCAUGAGUGAUUGCAUGA